UCACACUCUCAUUUUGCUGUGGUGAGCGCUGAUCGACAAACCUGCGUCCUCUCCUCUGGCCGUGGCAUCACUUCUGCUGCUAACUAAGCUCACUGGAUACUUACACGUUUCUACAGGCUGGCUAUCGCCGCCUCCUAGUGCACAACCCAAGCAUUGAAAAAUGUGAUUUUUUUGGAGGAAAAUUCUCAAACCACAGGAAAUCCAAUCUGAUAACUUCAAAAGGAACACUUUUUCCUCUACAACUGCUGUCUGCUUCUCUGUUUUUAAGCUUUCAAUACAAAAGAAAGAAAGAAUGCACAACCAGAGGACUAUGUGAAAACUUAUUUCAAAUACACGAAAAGAAGAAAAGAAAAAAGCACCUACCUGUGGGGAAUAACAAAAAUGGUCACAGAGUCUUUCCAUGCUGCCUAUGCUGCUGUAGCCCCAUCUACAAUCCCCAUGUCCCCCUCGACAGGAAACCUGAUGAGGAUGUUUCGUGAGUACCAGAGCAAUGCAGUCAUCUUAGAGCACUACAACUACACAGGCAAACUGAACGAGAACAAGUACAAGGAAGGACUGAAACCAGAGGCCAUAGCUUUUCUGCUGGUUUGCUUGCUUAUAGUUGUAGAAAAUGCUGUGGUGCUGCUGGCCAUCUGGAAGAACAAGAAAUUCCAUCUGCCCAUGUACUAUUUACUGGGCAACUUGACUCUCUCUGACCUGCUCGCAGGUUUCACCUACAUGGUAAACCUCAUAACAUCAGGUGCCAACACACUAAACAUGACCCCAGUCCUGUGGUUCCUGAGGGAAGGGGGCGUGUUCAUCAUGCUGGCCGCCUCUGUCAUCAGUCUGCUGGCCAUUGCCAUAGAGCGACAUGUCACCAUGAUCAGGAUGAAGCCGUACCAGGGGGACAAACAGGGGCGGAUGUUUGCUCUGAUUGGGGCGAGCUGGGUGUUGUCUGUGUUCCUGGGGGUCCUGCCUGUCCUAGGCUGGAACUGUAUGGGACAGCUGGACCAGUGCUCCACAGUCCUGCCACUAUACGCCAAGAGUUACAUACUCUUCUGCAUCACCAUCUUCAGUGCCAUCCUCAUGUCCAUUGUGGUGCUGUAUGUCCGCAUCUUCCGUAUUGUCAAGUCCAACACUCAGCGCCUUGCCUCAGUUCCGCAGCGCAAAGGCCUUUACCGAAAGUCCCAGAAGUACAUGGCCCUGCUGAAGACAGUCACCAUAGUCCUGGGAGUUUUCAUCGCCUGUUGGCUGCCCCUCUUCAUCUUCCUGCUGCUGGACUUCUGCUGUCCUGCCAAAAGCUGUGAUGUGCUCUUUAAGGCAGAUUAUUUCCUGGGCAUUGCUAUGUUCAACUCCCUUCUUAACCCUAUCAUCUACACCCUGACCAGCAAGGACAUGAGGAGGGCCAUCCUCAGGUUGCUCUGCCGACCCUGCCUCUUAACAAAAGACGGACAAGUGAAGAAGAUUGGGAUACCCUUCCUGGAGUGCAGCACCAGCAAGACUGAUGCAGCCACUCACAGACCGGAGGGACUGGAGACAACAGUGUCCUCCGGUAACUUUACACCAUCUACUAUCAAAGCCAUUUACCCCAGGUUGUGUAAGACAUGACAGUGGCUCUUUUUGACUUUGACCUGAGCACAAGAAUUCAGACUGGAACUGGACCAGGGUGCUUCUCUUUAAAAUGAGCUGCAUAUGUACUAAAGUCGAGGAGAUGUGAGAAGAGCUCAAGUUUUAUGUUGCGCUCUGCCACGGUUUCGGUAUUAUUCACUUCAUGAGCAGCAUAAGUUCAAUGCAUGUGAUAAAUGUCCAAAUUGGGAGAAAGACAUUAACUUUUUUAAUUUUCUGUGCAUAUUUGUAUAAUAAUGUGAUCCUGUAAAAAAUGUAUCUCCAUGCUUUAAUAGUAACAGUAGAAGUUUCUUGUGAAAAACAAGCAUUAUAUUUGUCUGUUAGACUAAACAGGGUCAGUAUUUGUCAGAGGAUAUUCCUUCUGGUAAAAUGUCAUUUCAUUCUAGACUGUGUGCAGACGUUUCACAUAAAUACAGCCAAUUAUGCUGUACAUCUGCAACACUAGACCAAAAGCCAAAGCAUGAGAUUUAUCCUUAUCUCCUCUCCCUGUGUAGCAUAUAAUGAUAUGUUGUUACACAGAGCAUACACACCCAAACUCUGCUGCCAAAACCAUGUAAUUUCUGCCAUGUGAGUUUUGGUCAGCAGCAAUGCCGGGUAGAGGUCCCCUCUACCGACAUCAGAGGUUCAGUGGCCUGGCGACGCACUGAAGACGUCAUAUGGAGAGUUGUGCUGGGUGGUUUGCAGCUUUGGAGGUCCCUUCAACAUAUGUAGCAGUACAUGAUGAAUGGCUAAAACUAUAAAAGCUUACAGUGGAGGUUUGUUGACGCCUUCUUGGCCUAACAAACUAGAAUAUUGCAGUUAUAUGAUAGAGCUUGUGAACAAAAUAAGAGUCUUCAGAGCUUUCUUGUUGAGAUAAACUUCAUCUUACCAUGAAAUGAUGUUAAUCUAUUUUUCUCAUGAAAGAGUACAGAUAUAAUCCCAGUCCCAGCAGAAAGAAAUCGGUCAAAACCCAGACAAAAGAGUGAUUGGGCUUUAAAGUACUGGGAAAUUUCAUUGUUGUAAUAGUGGCAUAAACAUGGACACUUUCCUAACUCUAAUAUUGUACAUAAAUGUAAAGAGAAAAAAUAUAUUAACUGAUUUUUUAGUACAUUUUGUAAAUAUCUAUAACCUUUUCUGUUCUGUAUUUUGUAUUGUAAAAACCUCAUUUAAGUUAUGUCAGUUUUAAAAAUGCACUGAAUAAACAUGUGAAUGAUGUUUACUUAGAGGUUUGUAUAUUCUUUACACUGAAAAAUCAAUCAUCCAAUGCAGUUUUCUGUCAGAAGUUUAAAUGGGUAAUGUCUCUAAAUCUCACCUUUCACCAGUCAUCAACCUUCCUGUUUCUUGCUACCCAACAAAAUUUGAGUAUAAACAAAGCACUCGCCAUUGUGGUUCUACAUAGAGCACAGUAUAAACUGCAAAAAGAAAUCUAAAUAAUGGAAAUUAAAUUAAAAACUUUAUCAACACUUUGAAUAU